AUGGAUUAUUUUCUCAAUGCUUUACCUGCUCCCAUACUGAUAAGUUUGGCAGUAGUAAUUCUUCUAGCAUUGAUUUUCUGGCCGGAGAAGAACAAGAGAUACCCACCGGUUGCCGGAACCGUCUUACACCAACUAGCCAACCGCCGCACGUUGCACCAUUACCACACUGAACUUGCAUGCAAACACAAAACGUACAGGAUACUUGACUUCUUCAAUUUCAAAUAUGGGGUGUACACAUCAGAUCCUGCAAAUGUUGAACACAUACUCAAAACAAACUUUGGAAACUAUGGCAAGGGAUCGUACGUAUACAACCUUCUAACAGAUAUUAUCGGCGAUGGGAUCUUUGGCGUGGAUGGGGAAAAGUGGCGGCAUCAGAGGAAGGCAUCAAGUUCUCAAUUCUCAACAAAAGUACUUAGGGACUUCAGCAGUGACAUCCUCAAAACCACUGCAAUAAAACUUAGUGGCAUAAUUCAUGAAGCUGCAUCGUGCGACAAAUCAAUAGAGAUACAAGAUUUGUUUAUGAAAUCAACCUUGGAUUCAAUCGUCUCGUUUCUAAUUGGUAUCGAUCUAGAUACCAUGUCUGGAACAAACAAUGAAGAAGAAGGUACCCAAUUUGGUGAUGCUUUUGAUGAUGCAAAUGGCGUUACCCUUUAUCGUCUUGUUGAUAUUUUCUGGAGGAUCAAACGGAUCUUCAACAUUGGUACGGAAGCGGUGAUAAAGAAAAAUGUAAAGGUGAUGGAUACCUUUAUAUACAAUUUAAUCAACAGAAAGAUUGAAACACUCCAUAAAUCAGAACAAGAUGAUGGGCAACCUUUAAAGAGAAGAGACUUCAUCUCCAAACUUUUGGAAGCUAAAGAGACUGAUCUAAAGUACUUAAGAGACAUGGUCCUGAGUUUUAUUCUUGCCGGCAAAGACACAACUGCUUCUGCUCUUUCAUGGUUUUUUUAUAUGAUGUGUAAAUAUCCUCAUAUACAAAAAAAGGUUGCAGAUGAAGUUAGAGAAGCAACAGGUCUGAAUAAUACAUCAAGCGAUGAUGAAGUUGUAGCCAACCUUACUGAAGAAGCCCUAAGCAAAAUGCAAUAUCUUCAUGCUGCUUUGAAUGAGACACUCAGACUCUAUCCGACAGUUCCAAUGGAUGUGAGGGUUUGCUUCUCUAAUGAUACAUGGCCAGAUGGAUUUAGUGUCAAAAAAGGAGAACUGGUAGUAUACCAACUUUACUCAAUGGGCCGGAUGAGGUAUAUAUGGGGUGAUGAUGCCGAAGAGUUUCGACCAGAAAGAUGGUUCGACGAAAAUGGCAAUUUCCAAGAAGAAAGCCCUUUCAAAUUCAUAGCCUUCAAUGCCGGUCCAAGAACUUGUCUCGGAAGGGAUUAUAGUUAUCUCCAAAUGAAGAUAUUAUCUGCUGCGCUUUUAAACAAGUACAUUUUCAAGCUCAGUGACGAGAAAAAGGUGGUGAAAUACAAGACAAUGGUCACGCUCCAUAUCAGUAGAGGCCUUCAUGUUCAUGCCUUUCCAAGAGUUUGA